UAGCGGUCUUUUGCACAUGAGUUGGAGUUGCAGCGUGCAUUGAGGCCUGAAUGAGAAGUAUGUCGGAACGGCGUGUUGUACCGAGUGAUCUCUUCCCCCAUGUACUGCGCUUUCUACGGGACAACCAGUUCACCAAUGCAGCUAGAGAGUUCACUAGGGCUACAAGCGUGAAAGACAAUGACCCCAGUCCAUCUUCUCUUUUGGAUAUAUACAGUUACUGGGUGAAGUCACCAGAUGCAAAUAAGCGACAACCAUCAGCCAAUGGUGUCCCUGCUAAGAAGCCGGUCAAAGAUUCUUCCAGCAGUGAGGACAGCUCCAGUGAGGAUGAAGAACCACCUGCUAAAAGACCUGGUAUUGCACCUGCUGAUGGGAAAAGACCUACAGUUAAAUCGACCCAAUCUAAAAAAGCAGAUAGCAGCAGUGAUGACUCCACUGAUGAAGAGGAGGAAAAGAAACAUCAACUUACAAAAACAACACCCAAGGGUAAGACAGUGACCAAGUCUCCCCUGCAAAAGAAAGCAGACAGCUCCAGCUCGGAAGUCAGCAGCUGUGAGGAUGACGCUUCUAAGAAAUCAAAGACUGAGACAAAAUCACCAGCUGCAAAAGGAAAGAGUGCUCCCUCUGCUGCAAUCAGAAAAAAACAUGCAAAUAGAAACAAAGAAUCAGAUGCCAGAGUCCUAGCCAUGAAAGCUACUGUAGAAAAAACUACCCCAGCCAACUCACCUGCCACAGCCAAGUCCUCAUCAAGCAAGGCGAAUACUGGGAACACAGACUCUAGUAGUGAUGACUCCUCGGACUCCGAUAGCUCUGGCAAGAUGCCAAAGGCAAAAACAAAACCAAAGCCAGGCGUUUAUAGUGCUGUACCUCCACCUGCGAUUAAGACAGAAGAGGCCCAACACAACCAGGAACAGUCUGCAAGAAAGUCUAAAAAUACUCAGCGAAAGUCAUCUGCCUUGGCAGCCAAGCUUGGCACUAAGAAAGGAGAAUCGAUCUCAGACAGUGAAACUGAUUCUAGUAGUGAUGAGGAAGACGAGAGAACUUCUGCUGGACCACACUCUAGCGUACCUACUCCUAAACCUGGAAAAAAGACCAUGACGGCAAAGGCAGUUAAAGGAAAGAAAGAAUCCAGUUCUAGUAGCUCAGAUUCUAGUGGCGAUGAGCAAACUGCAAAAAAAGCAACCCCAAAAACAUCUGCCACUAAUGCAACCCCAAAAACGUCAGGACAGACACAUGGUAAACCAGCUGUAAAAACUACACCAGCCAAAAAAGAUGACAGCUCUUCUGACAGUUCUGACUCUAGCAGUGAUGAGGAAGACGAGAAAUCCUUUGUCAGGCCACACUCCAACGCAGCUACCCGUAAGCUUGGAAAUAAAGCCACGUCAGCUAAAGGAAAGAAAGAAUCCAGUUCUUCUAGCAGCUCAGACUCUAGUAGUGAUGAGCAGACUGCAACAAAAGCAAUCCCCAAAACACCUGCCACUAUCACAGGCCAAAAAAUGUUAGGAAAAACAUCUGGCAAACCAGCCCUAAAAACUACACCAGCCCAAAAAAGAGAGUGCUCUUCUGACAGUUCUGACUCUAGCAGUGAUGAGGAAGACAAGAAAACGUCUGCCGGGCCACCCUCUGGAGCUGCUACUCAUAAGCCUGGAAAUAAAGCCACAGCAGCAAAGCCAGCUAAAGGAAAGAGAGAAUCCAGUUCUUCUAGCAGCUCAGACUCUAGUAGUGAUGAGCAGACUGCAGCAAAAGCAACCCCAAAGAUACCAAACACGAAUGCAGCCCCAAAAAUGCCAGGAAAGACACCUGGUAAACCAGCUCUAAAAACUACACCAGCCAAAAAAGAUGACAGCUCUUCUGACAGUUCUGAUUCUGACAGUUCAGAAGACAACACUAAAACAAGUAUCAAAACAGCAGCAAAAUUAGGACCAACCAAGAAAACAGAAAGCAGCUCAAAUGGGGACAAAAAGAAAGGCAAGCUAAAUGCUGUAAAAUCACCAGCUGCCAAGAAACCUGUAACUGUGAAUGAAGCAAAGGCCAGUAGUAGUUCCUCUUCUGAUAGUUCUAGCAAUGAAGAAAAAUCCAAGAAACCACCAAAACAGGCGAAGCCAGUGCCUCCUAAGAAGGAUGACAGUAGCAGCUCUGAAAAUAGUUCAGAGGAUGAGAAGAAACCAGCUAAAAAGCUAGCUGCCAAAUUUUUAGCUGCUAAGGAAGACUGCAAAAGUUCAGAGGAUCAAACACCUGCAAAGAAAAGUGUUUCCGCCCCCAAAAUCAAUAAAGCAAAGGAGAGUUCAGAAGAAAGCUCUUCUAAUGAGGAAGAUGACAAAGUAAUUGGUACUCCAGCUAAGAGGAAAAGAUCAGAGACCACAGAAGAACCACAACUUGAAGGACUAACACCUCAGAACAAGAAACUCAAAGCUAAAACCCCUAACACCUUUCCCAAGGUUAACAAGAAGGAAGUUGAUAAGCCCACUCCGUUUCGCAGGGUAAGAGAAGAGGAAAUAGAAGUUGAUCCCCGUGUGGCUAAUAACUCUUUUGAGGCAAAGAAGGGAGCUACUGGAGAUUGGGGCGAAAGAGCCAACAAUGUCUUAAAAUACACAAAAGGAAAAUCUUUUCGUCAUGAGAAAACAAAGAAAAAGCGUGGAAGUUACUGUGGUGGUUCAAUUUCCACUUCUGUGAACUCUAUCAAGUUUGACAGUGAAUAAAAACGAAUGGCAUUUGAUCAAAUAAACACAAGAUCAUGUUUACUUUUUACUAGGCUUUAGCCACUGCAGGUCAAAUCUUAGCAAAACUUCCAAGAACGCCAUUCACCUAGUCAGUUUGGAAGUGAGUUCCAACGGAGAAACAUCUAUAAAGUAGGCAUCUUAAUAUUUGGUAAAAUUCAUUUUAAAAACAUGCACCAUUUUUUUAAGAUUUCCUUUUUUGUUCUAAACUUGUCAGUUGAAAAUAUAGCUGUGAUUUUUAUGUUUAAAUGUUGAAAAAUGUGUAUUGCAAUUGAAUUUAAAUGCCUUUUUUCCCUUUUUGGAAGAAAGUAUACCUGUCAUAGCAUUUGAUAAUUAUCUUCUGAAGGACUGACAAUGAAAUAAAGGACUUUCUAACACAA